AUGGUGACAAAGUUUUACCAGCAUCUUCUUGCCUUGGCAUUUGCUGUAAAUGAGAUCAACUUGAAUCCAAAGAUCUUGCCCAAUAUCACUCUUGGAUUCCACAUCUAUGACAGCUACUAUGACAAAAAGAUGACCUACCAUACCACUCUGGAUCUGCUCUUUAAAUCAGAUAGGUAUUUCCCCAAUUAUGAAUGUGGCAAGCAGAAAAACCUAGUGACCAUCAUCGGGGGACUUGGUUCUGAUAUCACCUUCCACAUGGCAGACAUUCUAGGUCUCUACAAGAUUCCACAGCUUCACUCCAUUCUUCAAGAAACUUCAUUUAACAACUCAGCAGGAGAAACAGUAUCCUUUAAUGAUAAUAAGGAAACAGGAGGUGGAUUUGAUGUCAUGAACCUGGUCAUAUACCCAAACAAGUCCUUCCACAGGCUGAAAGUUGGGAAGGUGGAUCCUGAUGCUUUGGAAGGAAAAGAAUUGAUCAUCCAAGAAGAUAUGAUUGUGUGGCAGCAAAGUUUUAACCAGGUGCCGCCCCUCUCUAUGUGCAAUGACUACUGCCCGCCUGGUUAUCAGAAGAAAAAGAAAGAAGGGGAGAAAUUUUGCUGCUAUGAUUGUGUUCCAUGCUCAAAUGGGAAGGUUGCAAAUUGCAUGGAUAUGGAGGAUUGUGUUGAAUGCCCAGAAGAUCAGUACCCAAGCGAGGACAAAGAUGAGUGCAUUCCCAAGACAAUCAGCUUUCUGUCUUCUGAUGAACCUCUAGGGAUCUGUUUAGCUUCAAUUGCACUUUCUUUUUCCUUAAUCACGGUGUGGGUGCUGGCAAUUUUUAUUAAGCACAGAGAUACCCCUAUAGUCAAAGCCAACAACCGGGAUAUCACCUAUGCUCUCCUUGUCUCUCUUUUCCUCUGCUUCAUUUCCUCUUUGCUGUUCCUUGGACAACCUACCAGGGUGACCUGCUUCCUCCGGCAGUCUGCUUUUGGCAUCAUCUUCUCAGUGGCUGUUUCUUGUGUCUUGGCCAAAACCAUCACUGUGGUUGUAGCUUUCAUGGCCACCAAACCAGGGUCCAGCAUGAGGAAAUGGGUGGGAAAAAGAACAACCAACUCCAUUGUCCUUCUUUGCUCCCUUAUUCAAGCAGGCAUAUGUGUGUUGUGGCUUGGAACCUCUCCCCCUUACCCAGAUUUAGACAUGGAGUCCCUGAAUACACAGAUGGUAGCACAAUGUAAUGAAGGGUCUGCCAUCAUGUUUUAUAGUGUUUUGGGCUACUUAGGAUUUCUUUCCCUCAUCAGUUUGACUGUGGCUUUCCUGGCCAGGAAGUUGCCCGACACUUUUAAUGAAGCCAAAUUGAUCACCUUCAGCAUGCUGAUGUUUUGCAGUGUUUGGUUGUGUUAUAUCCCAACCUAUCUGAGCACUAAAGGGAAAUAUGUGGUAGCUGUGGAGGUCUUCUCUAUCUUGGCUUCCAGUGCUGGGUUAUUGGGCUGUAUCUUUUCCCCUAAAUGCUACAUUAUUCUGUUGAGGCCUGAGCUGAAUAAAAGAGGACAUUUAAUACAGAGAAUGAAUUAG